AUGGGUUAAGUUUAACAGUCCAAAUAACACUUUUUGAAAAAUUGGUAAAAGGUUGAUUCCAGAGAAAGCAGAAUGUAAUUAUAUUUAAUUGAACAUUUAGUUUCGGAUGUGAAAUUGAAGUCUAUACUAAUUAAAUGGAAGAAGUUGCUGUAGUGCAUAAAGUUUAUUAAAGUGAAAUGCAUUAUCAAAAAGAAUUGAAGAGAUUAGAAUAAUAUUAAUAAAUUAGUUAGAUGCCAGGUUUGAUUCGCUUAUUAGAUAUUCAAAAAGAAGAAGAGUCAACAUUGUGUAGUAAUUUAUUUAAAAUUGAUGCUAUCUUUGAAUUUGGAAGUUAACUACCAUCUAAUUUGCCUUGGUUUUAGUUUUUACAAUAAAUAAUUCAUACUUUAAUUGAAUUGCAGAAUCGUGAUAAAUAUCAUGGAGAUUUGAGACCUCAAUCUUUUCUUUAUACAAAUCAAGUGAAAUUGCUUUUACCUAAUGUUGAUUAAUAUAAUAGAUUUUUAAGUGGUUUUGAAGAAUACUGUUACCUUUCACCUGAGUUAUUCUAUCAGUUGGGAAGGAAAGUAUUCAAACCAGAAUAUAAUAACGAAAAAAGUGAAGUUUUCACAAUUGGAUUGGUAUGUUUAGAACUUAUUUUAUAAGAACAAAUUUAAAAAAUUUAUGAUUUUUAAGAAUAUAAAAUAAAUUAAGGUAUUUAGUACUUUAAAUAUAAUUAGAAAUUCUUAAUGACAUGUUAUCUAGAGCUAAUAAUAAAUUAGUUAGUAGAAUGUUAUCAAUGAAAUCAGAGGAUAGACCAAAUUAUUUAUAGAUAUAUGAGGAAAGUAUUGUAGAAUUGAUGUAAUAAUCAAUGAACAACAAUAAUAAAGUCAUAAUUCCAAAUAAUCCUAAUGAUAUUUUGAAUGAACAUGCAAUUGAAAUUCAAUCAAGAGUAUUAGUAAGAGAACAACAAUCAUAAGCAUAAUCAUUUAUUAUUAUGUAAUCAAAUUAAUAGCAUCCAUUAUUAUGUUAAUAAUCUUAAUAAUUUACACUCUAAUCAUGUAAUUUCAAAGAUUCUAAUCCAACAUUAACAUCUAUGUAAUAACAUCCAAUGUUUUUUUAAUAAGAAAAUUAAUUGUAAAAAUAAUAAUUAAAAUCAAAUUAAGAAAAUGAAGAACCUCAAUCAAUGAAAAAAGUUCAUCCAUUUUUAUCAUAAAAAAAUUCAUAACCAACUGUCAAAUUACAUUCAAAUAAUAGAAGUAUGAAUUAAACACCAUCUAUAAAUUAAACACCAUCAUAAUAAAUACCAGUUCAAUAAAAACCAUAAAUACCAACUAAUUUAUAAUCAUUCCAAUCAAGUCAAAGUAGUUAAUAAUAAGCCUUUUAUUCUACAUAAAUUCCAUAAUAAGCUAAUUCUCUUUAAUAUUUAACUAUUUCACAAUCUCCAAAUCAUAGAUAUUCAUAGAAAUCAUAAUAAUCUUCAGUUUCUAAACAUCAAUCUAUAUAACCAACAGAGUAUGCUUUUCUUCAUGAAUAAGUUCAUGUUCCAUUCAAUCCUGGAUCUGAUUUCUUGGAUUCAUCAAGAUAAAAAGAAUAAAUUGAUUUUGUUUCACCAACUAGAAGUAGUUAAAGACCAUCAUCUAAAUUAAAAGAUAUUUCUAAUAAAAAAGCAAAAACUAUGUAAAAUACUACAACUACAACAUUAAAUAAUAAUAAUACUAAUAAUAAUAAAUAAAUUGUUAAUAAGAAACCUUAAUUAUUGAAGAGUCAAAGACCUUAAACCUAAAUGAGAUCUAAAUCACCUAAUGUUAAGAAAGUACCUAUAAAAAAAUGA